GGUUUUGGUGUACUCCUUGUCCUGCUAGUUAGAACCAGAGAAAACACUGGAAUCUGCAGGACAGGAGGUAUUUCAGGACCAGGUGUGGUAAGUGAUAAAACGUUCAGUUAGUGCAGAUACAAUCUGGGUGUACCUAAUAAAGUGGUGGAAUGCAAGAAAAUAUAAAAUACAAUAUUUACAUUUUUUAAAAAUAUAUUAAUGAUUACUUGUCCCUUUGACAGAUACGUGCUGUUUAAUAUCUUUCUAUGUAAUUGCUUUUAUUUAGAACCACCAGGAGUCAUCAGCAGGGUCAUUAACACAGACAGACUCGCGACACGAAUUUGGUCCCUUCGGCUUGCCUUAGUUCAGCACUCGUCACGCCGCGCGAAUGCGGAAGUUGCUGUUUACUGUUGUGAGUUUGCUGAAAGGAGGCGGCGGCUGGAAGAAACAACUUCUAGCUCUCAAAGUUUUAAGGAACAAUGGAUCUGAAUCACGAGUCUGUUAAAAAGAUUCUUUCUAAGUACAAAUUUCACGAUGUUGCCAUUGAGGAAUUACAGAAAAUUCACCUUAAUUACCCAGACAUGAAAACAGUCGCCGGCACUUACACAUUUACUGACAGUUCUCAGAAGGACCUGCUGAAGGUGCUGGGGAACAUCCCUGUCAGAUACCAAGGUUGUUUCUACAACUUGCCGAUCCAGUUGUGGCUAUUGGAUUCAUUCCCCUUCACGCCACCUAUCUGCUUUCUUCGCCCCACAGCCAACAUGGUGAUCAGGGAGGGCAAACAUGUGGAUGCCAAGGGCCGAAUCUACCUGCCUGCACUACACAACUGGGACCAUCCCAAAUCAUCCGUAAUAGUGCUGCUGGAGGAGAUGAUUGCUAAGUUUGAAGAGGAUCCUCCUCUGGCCAUGAAGUCUACAGGAGAUGAAAAAGACCCUAAUGAGCUUCUUGCGAUCGUUUCACAUCUAAACAUCACCGAAGGUGGAAAUCGGCCUGAACAGAGUGUAAAUAAGGUCUCUGUGAUUGGAGGAGGAGACUUGGGGAUGGCUGCUGUGCUGAGUAUAAUGGCUAAAGGUUUUGUGGACAAACUGGUUUUAAUCGACAUACCAGAGUGUUCAACCAAAGCAGGCACCAUGGACUUGGAGAUAUUCAGCCUGCCAAAGGUGGAAGUCUCAAAAGAUCUGUCAGCCUCAGCUGGUUCUAAGGUGGUGGUGGUUACGGCAAACGCUUGGAAUAAUGAGCAGUCGUUUGUGAGUGUGGUGCAGACUAAUGUGGAUCUGUAUGGAAAGAUCAUCCCGAGCCUGGCUCGCCUCAGUCCCAGUGCAGUGCUGCUCAUCGCCUCUCAGCCUGUGGAGAUAAUGACCCAUGUGGCAUGGAGACAGAGUUGCCUGCCACCUACGCAUGUGAUUGGUGUAGGCUGUAACCUGGAGUCCGAGAGACUCUCUUACAUCCUCAACGUUGCAUUACUGGCUAACAGCACGAGCAAAAAAGCCUGGGUCAUAGGAGAGCUAUCUGACAAUAAGGUCGCUGUCUGGGCUAAUGUAGGAGGGGACAAGCACCAAGUGUUAGUCCCAGUGUCCAACUCCACAAGACCACUGAUAGACAGGGCGUUUGAAAUGUUGAAGGGGAGAGGUCAGAGGUCAUGGUCAGUGGGGCUGUCCAUCGCUGACAUCACACACUCCAUUCUUACAGACCAGAGAAAAACACACUCCAUCACUACUCUGGCUCAGGGAUGGGGAGGUGUCGGCUCUGAGGUGUUCCUCAGUUUGCCCUGUGUAUUAGGAGUGAACGGAUCCACCCGUCUGGCAGGAGUGGCCCUCAGUUCAGAAGAUGACGCCAAGCUGAAGGCGAGCAUCUCGUCUCUGAGCAACCUCAUCACGCAGCUGAAGAUUUAGCUCCAAAACCCUCUCAGAUCCCAGCAAAGACUUGCAAAGCCAGCAGCAGCAUCGUAACAGUAACAGCAAAUCCAGUUGCAAAACAAACCGCAUCCAGAUCUCCACUUGCUCGCAGCUCCCUCAAGGCUGUGUUACAUUCUCAGGCUGCAUGGUGCCUUUUGACAAAUGUUUCGCUUCAAGAAACACCCACGUACAUAGAAGGUAAGAUUCAGAAUGCAGGUGAUGACAGGGACAUGCCCACAUUUUGAUGGCACAGGACCACACACACUAACCAUCUGAACAAAAGUAAUUGAGCAUAGAAAACAUUUCUUUUAUCCAUCUUCCUAUCAGAAGUAACUAACAUGAACAACCUUCAUGUGUGCACUUUAUUAAAGGUUCAUAUGGAGAGGAGUUUUAAACAACAAUCGCAAUAACACUCAGAAGAUAUCUCGAUACACUCUGUUACUGUACUUUGCACUUCCAUGUUUGCUUGUAUGUUUGCUUAUUGAUAAUGAAGUGAUUUAUUUUUGGAACUGAUUAUGUCAGAAAGUGAAGUUAUAGCUCAAGCACAAUAUUCUGACCCAUAUUACUGUGAUUUAAUUAUACCAAAAGUACUCUGAACCAAUGAAAUGCCUUUUUCUGUUUUUCAUGUACAUGUAUAAUCUAGUUUACUUAACGAGGUGUGUAAAGACUGUAUUUAAAGUGAGCGGGGAUAGGGUAAAUAUUUGUUUUUGAAAUUCUGACUAAGACUGCACUGUGUCGCACUUUUCCAAGAGUUGAAGUGUGAUCUUGUGUGAUGUAAUGCAUUGAACGAGCCUGCAGUUCUGCUUUAGGACGAUCACACGCUGCACUGCUAAUAAAGAUCUGCCAAAGCAGUAAUAUAAAUGUCUAAUAAAUGCUCUAACUGUAAA